GAUCCAUACUCUGUGAAGUCGCUUCUUUUGGCGCCAUGGCGGCGAAUUGUAGUGCUCCCAAGAAGAAAGGUCGCUGUAGUACGAACAGGCAGUAGCUACCAGCCUUGGUCAAGACCAAUCUAGGGUCCACCACCGCUUAUCAAAAGUUUUCACUAGUGUUUCUCCAUACAGAACACAGAAAAUGGCGGCUUCACAGCUGCUUGACUGCCUGGGAGAUCUGGCCCAGGCCUCUGGCGGCCAAGUAGCGAGUCUCCGUGCCACCGUGGGUGCGGUCAUCAAUGCCACCCUGGCGAUCAGCCGCACCCCCCCUGAAAAGUUGCUGGACGAUCUGCUGAGAGAGUUUCUGAAAAGGGGGGGUGGUGCAGAAGGGGCAGAGACAAUUAAGGACCAGGAGGUUGGGGAAGGGAGUGUCUCUGGUGUGAGCGCCUUCAUUGUCGCUGCGAUGCUACUCCUGGAGAAAGAAGGCACCACCAACGAUCAGCUCCACCGCCUCAUCACCACUGUCUGCCUGCCCGCUUUGAGCCCCCGGGAGAAGCUUCCAGUCGCCACCCAAGCCGAGAUUGCCUCUUCUUUAGGAGCCCUGAUCUCUGCCCGGGGCGCCUGGGAACUGGCCGGGGGAUCCCUCAUCCCAGCUUGCAAAGCCGCACUUACUGAGGCGCCCUCCGCAGCCAAUGUUACUCAAAGUGAGCUGUUCAAGGCAGAAAAGGCUGAUGGGGGGCCAGGACAUCGUGCUGACUUCAGCGACGGGCUGGCGCCGCUCGCUGCUUGCCACCUGGCGUCCAAUCUCGUCCAAGCAGCUCUACGAACGUUCAAAUCGCCAGAACAUAGCAACGGACCGUCAAAAGCACACGAUGGUGGUUUUAGUCUUGGAUCCAAGGAGGAAAGCAAGUCAGCGGGCGCUUUCUUGGCGGAAAGUGUCUCUGCAAUGCUGCCAGUGGCGUUUGCUAUGCUGACCGACGGUGACAGUCCGAUGCGGAGGCGACAAGCGGUCAGCAUACUGCUGCCUUCCCUCCUCGAAGCAUCGCUACAAAUCAAGGACCAAGAAUCAGACACGUCAGCACUUGGGGCAAAGCUGUGGGCAUGUUGUGAGAAACUGUUGGAGGGGGAGAGGGGCGAGAAAGCGGAUGGCUUUUCCGUCAUUGCGUGCUUCAAGGCGCAUCUCCUACCGCCACGAGGGGCGAAAGGGGCAGCUUCCGGUGCGGUGAUCGAUGUGCGGGGGCAGCCGACGUUUUGGGAAGCGAUCAAGAACGGCCUCCUCGACGAAGACAGCCUCAUCCGCCGGCAGGCCCUGCAAGUCCUCCGACUCGCCCUGCCCACCCCUUCCGACGGCGCAACGUCCGCCGAAACAGGGCCCUGGGUCGAGAGGGGCGCCGAUGGCCCGGCCAGCACCAGCGCUCGAGGCCCUAUUCAGAAGAAGGGCGAAAAAGGAGGGGGAUCCCUCAACAAGGGAGGGGGAUCCCGCAGCAAGAACGAGGUUCGCAAGGAGUGGAAGGAGUUUUAUCACUCGCGGAAGCGGGAUGGGUACGCGGAGAAAGAGAUGGCGUCGAUGAUGGAAAACAAGGGGGACAACGGGGAAGGCGACGCGGCGCGGUGGGACGCGUUUCUGCUGCUGUACGAGAACCUGGACGACUAUACGCUGCACCUGUUUGAGGCCACGUGGCCGGCCCAGAUGGAGGUCCUCCACUCCGGCGACCAUCUGCCUCAGCCCUCGGCCUCUGGGUCGCCCCCCGGCCCCGACUUCUCGUGGGUGUCCCUUUUGUGGCAGCGCGGCUUCCAGCACCGCAACCCGCAGGUGCGCCAGGCCGUGCUGACGUCAUUCUUCGACCGCCAAUGGGACGGCGACACGUGGCUUUCCCAGAUACCGCAGCAAUUCGUCCUUGGGCCCCUCUGGAAGGCGCUCGACGACCCGGUCCAACACCCGGCUUUUGGCUCGAGAGGCGUCUGGGCUUCCCCCAUUACCCUCCGCGCCUCCGACUUCUUCCUCUCAUUCGUCUCCGCUCUUCCCGCCCCUCAUCGGCUGCCUUUUCUCUGCGAGCUGACACGUGUCAGCCUCGCGGGCGUCGUUUCCCGCCCGGGCCUCCUAACCCUCGCCUCGUGCCUUGUGGCCGCUUCGGAACCUCUAGCCGUUUCCAAUCCCAAACGCUCCUCCUCCGCCCCGGAAAACCCGCUUGUCGUUCCGGCGGACGCACCGGAGCAAUUGCAAACGGAAGAGGCGCUUGAUCGGUUGCGGGCGGUGGUUCAGGAAAGCCGCCGGUUCCACAACCCGGGGUUCCGGCUCGCUGUGUGCGGAAAGGCGCUCGAAGCCGCGGCCGGCGCCGCUAAACCCCCGGGGUUUACGAUCAGUGCGCUGGCGAAGCUGCUGGCCGCGUUUCCGGACGACUUGCUCAGUCCAAAAGGUGCUUUGCGCGACGACUUUGUGACGUGGGUAGCCCCAGCUCUCCCCCCUUCCGGCGCCGCCGCUGAGCGCUUCUCCUCGUGGCUCUCCCCGGGCCUUGCAUUAGCACUGGAGGCUUUUUUCCAACCCACCAGCGGGGCGGCUCUGCCGAGCAACAAGGCCUCGCUGAUGCCUGCCGUGCAAGACGAAGGAUCGACAGUUGGCGGCGCGGGGUCUGCCAACGAGACACGUGGCUGGGAGCAGGAGGCGCAGCAGUGGGCCGCUUUUCUGGCGCUCGAGCUGCUGCCGUCAGGUGACGUGGCAGCGCUGCUGGAGAUCCUCGAACACCGUGCUCUUGAUAUCUACCGCCGCCCCUACCUCCCCCCAGGCCAAGCCGAAAAGACUUUCCUCGUCCUUCGUUCUCUCGCUGCCACGUGCCCUCCGGACGCCCCGCCACGUGGCUCCCCAAAAGCUCAACACCCUCCUCCUUCGUCGAACGGCCCCCACUCCAACGGAGCCUCUCCACGUGGGACCACGCUGGCCUGCCACGUGGCUAAUGUCCUCGGCGCGUGCAUGGACGAGCUGACGGCAUAUGCCGGCAAAGCGUCGGCCGUUCUGUGGGAGGGGGCGGGAAUGCUAGCGGGUAUUCCGGGAGCCCCAACGACCAACUCUGGAGUGGGACCGCUAGGGAGGGGUACCCUCGUUUUCGGCGGGGGGCCUCGGGCGCUCACUGGAAACGCUGCAACAACGGUCACUCGUGCGGUCUUGUCGGUCACUUGCGUCUCCGAGUGCUGCAUCUGGCUCCAACAGCAAAACCCGUCCCCCCACCCCGAAUCCGCCACCAACUUCCUCCUCGCGUUUUUGUGGCACUUCGUCGCCUUUCUGAGAGCCCACCAAGCGCUCCCCGCUACCGCCGCUGAAGCAGAACUUUGGGCCGCGAUCUUGGAAGCCCUCAGCGCCGUCUGCCGGGCGGCCGCGGCAGUUAGCGCGGCCGAGGCGCGCAGCAAGGGCCGCGCUGCGCUGGUGGUGGUCACGGAGGAGCACUACGAGCAGCCGGUGGAGGGCUUCACCCGGGCGCUGGCCGUGGUGGCCGAUGACGUGGCGGAUGACGUCAGCAGGGCGGCCGCCAACGUGCUCGAGUUCCCCUCGCUGCCCAGGGGCAUGCGUGGCACCGUCUCCGAGCACAAAUGGCUCUGCCUCGACGCGCUCCUCGCCACCUGCGCCGCCCAGCCCCCCCCUCCCCCGUCUGCCAAACCCUCCCCCCCGAAAGCGAGUCGUCCGUCCUCCCCCCCCAAAAGCGCCCGCCCGUCGUCCCCCCCGAAGGAACCUCGUCCGUUCUUGACCGAGGGACAGCUUUUGGACGUCCUAGACGACAUUUCGGACGGGCUGGAAAGCGCCGCAGAAACGUACCUGACGCCCAUGCUGCGGUGCACGCGGUUCCUGAUCGAGAUGGGGAUGCUCCGAGUGGCGGCGCAGCGGAAAGGGCUCUCGGAGACGGAGGUUCUGCAGCCCCUCGUGGAGUCCGCGUGGGCCGCCACCGCCGACCUGCGUAAGCGCCGCGUCAGCGUGACGUCAUCCGUGCUUGCCACGUUUCUCCACCCGUCCCUGUUCUCCCGGCCCGAGAUGCACGGCUCGGGGGAAGACCCCGGGCCCCUCCGGUGGCUUUUGACGCAGAUGCUGCAGCUCGGGCAGAAGUCACCGAGGACUAUCCGAUUGGCGGCUUUGCAGGUCUGCGAGCUGUGGCUGCGGCAUCCGGACAUCGCCCGUUUGUACGUGUCCGAAGCUGUCCGCAUGGCGCUGCACGGUUCGGACGCCGUGGACGAAGAGCUGGACGAGAUGCUGUCGGAGGGGCAGCCUGCCGGCGGCAACUACGCGGCGCUGCUGCAGAGCAGGGACCCCGAACUUACAGAGGUGUUCCAUAACUCGGAGCUAUACGUCCGCGUCAGCGUGGCCGUGAUGGUGCACGAGAUGGCGCGCCUCUGCACCGCGUCCGAAACGCAGCCGGACGUUGCGGAACGCUACCGGACGUUCGGACAGGCGCUGCUUAUGGACCUUCUUACUCUCUCGGCGCGCGAUGCGGACGUGUCCAAAAACCUGUACAAGAAGGGCAGCAUCGCACAUCGGAAAAAAGUGCGCACGUGGCAGAUGCUGUGCGUGCUCAGCCCCUUCCUAGAGCGCGCUGACGUGGCAGAACUGCAGCCGUUGCUUGCGGCCGCGAUCCAGGUGCAGAACAUGUCGUCCGUGCGGCAGUACGUGGAGCAGUUUGCGGUCCAGGUCUACCUGCGCUUCCCGCACCUGGUGAAGGACUCCCUCGUCCCCUGGCUCAACGAUGUGAACACCCGCACGCAGACGGCAGCCUCGCUCGUGAUGAUUGCAGCCCACGUGGUGUUGCAUUCGUCUCCAGGAUUGGUCCAGCAAGACAUGCUUCGGCUCCUCUUUCCUGCGACGCUGCCUUAUCUCACCAGCCACCACCACAACCUGCGCACGUUCACACAAGUAUUAGUGCACCGUAUCUUGACGCGCUUCGGCCCCUCCCUCCUGGGAACCUCCGAGAACGAGUACCUCACUCGUAUCGCGGCUUACCUGGAACACAACAUCGACUGUCACCGAGUGCGUGUUUCCGUCGACCGGGCAUGGGCGCAGUUCGACCCGCAGACUUCCGUCACCCCUCGGGGCAUCUUCUGCCCCUCCGCGUCUUUAGACGACGCUCUCUCGGAGCUGCCGUUUGAGUGCGUCCCAGGGGCGCUGUACGAUCGCGUCAGCUUCUUUAUCAAGGAGCAACGAGACGCGUUGCGCGCCGAAACCGCCGCCGACAUGAGCGCCCUCGAUGUCGAAUCCGCGGCCAGAUCGGACCGACCAUCCCGGUCGGGCGACAGUGCUGACGUGGCAGCUGACGUGGCGGCAGAUGACGAGGAGGAGCAGGGCGCACGCGCGCCCCGGGACUACCAGCGCAAGAUCAAGGGCGACAUGGGGGCGCUGCUGCCGCCUGAAACCGACCUGGACGAGGACGUCAUGCUGGCGUUUGCAGAAGCGCGCACGCGCGCGCUUUUGGACCUGAGAGGCAAUCGGCAGGACUUGAUUGUUGUGGCCAGCCUGGUUGCGCGCAUCCCUAACCUGGCCGGGUUAGCGCGAACCUGCGAGGUGUUCAAGGCGGCCGCGCUGGUGGUGGCGGACAAGAGCGUCGUGGACGAUCGACAGUUCCAGCUAAUCAGCGUGAGCGCAGACAAGUGGGUGCCGCUGCUGGAGGUCCCCGAGAGCGGCCUGGCGGCGUAUCUGCAGCGCAAGCAGCGCGAGGGCUACUCGCUCGUCGGCCUCGAGCAGACCGCCAAUAGCGUGCCGCUGCACACGCAUCGCUUCCCCAGAAAAACGGUGCUCGUUUUGGGCCGCGAAAAGGAGGGGAUCCCCGCCGAUCUGAUCCACCACUUGGACGCAUGCGUCGAGAUUCCGCAGCUAGGCGUCAUCCGCUCCCUCAACGUCCACGUCAGCGGUGCCAUUGCCACGUGGGAGUACAGCCGAAGCCAAUUUCAGAGCUCGUAGUUGAAUGACGGCUUUUAAUAAAAAGCGC